AUGUUCCGCAGGGCACGCCUUAGCGUGAAGCCGAAUGUCAGGCCCGGCGUGGGCGCCCGCGGCACCGCGGCUCCCAGUGCCCAGCGCGCACGGGAGCCCGCCAGGCCGUGCAAGCCAGCCGCCGAGGCCGCUCCGAAGCCCGCCGAGCCCGCGGAUGCGCCUCCGGCGGAUGCCAGGGCCGCGGAGUCCCCCCAAAAGGCUCCCGGGAGCAGUGAUGAAAAGACUGGUGGUGAAAAUAAUGUUGAAAAAUUCAGCAAAUCGCCUCCCCCUGCUUCACAGAGAAGAAAGCGAGUCUCAAGUACGUCUAGUCUUCCUAAGCCUAGUGUCAGUGUUCCUGUACAGUCUCAUCCCUCGUCUCCUGUUAGUCAAGAUGCUCCACAGCCAAACCUCCUUCCACCAAAAGAGAAACCUCCGUGUUCAGACAGAUACCGAAUAUAUAAAGCCCAGAAACUGAGGGAAAUGUUAAAAGAAGAAUUGAGAAAGGAAAAGAAGCAGUGGAAAAACAAAUAUGCUAUAAAUGAAAGUCAGAGGCCUCCGGAUCGUUCAAAAAUGACAAUGAGAGACUUUAUAUAUUACUUGCCAGAUAACAAUCCAAUGACUUCUUCAGUGGAACAAGAGAGGAAAACUGAAAAAUCACUAACCCCAACCCACAGGCAAGAAAGCAAGAUUAGUCCUGAUGCUGAUGUUAAUCCUAAUGACGAAGUGGAAGUGGAGGAGGAGGAUGGACCACUGCUGGUUCCUCGAGUAAAAGUGGCAGAAGAUGGAUCUAUUAUUUUGGAUGAAGAGAGUUUAACUGUAGAAGUUUUAAGGACAAAAGGUCCUUGUGUGGUUGAAGAAAAUGAUCCUAUAUUUGAGCGUGGCUCAACAACUACCUAUUCCAGCUUUAGGAAAAAUUAUUACUCCAAACCAUGGUCAAAUAAAGAAACAGAUAUGUUUUUUUUAGCCAUCAGUAUGGUAGGAACCGACUUUUCUAUGAUUGGACAACUUUUUCCUCACAGAGGAAGGAUAGAAAUUAAGAAUAAAUUUAAACGAGAAGAAAAAACAAAUGGAUGGAGAAUAGACAAAGCAUUCCAGGAAAAACGUCCUUUUGACUUCGAUUUUUUUGCUCAUUUGCUUCAGAAAGUUCUUGCUGAAGAAGAAAAACGAAAACAAAAAUCCACUAAAACUCAGAAUUUAAAGGAGAAGAAUUCUUCCAAACCACGGAGAAACAUAAAAGCAAAGAAAGUUGCUAGUGAAGCAGUGGGUGAUCACCCAGAUGAAUCUGUGAGUACUGACAUUUCAGACCCAGAACAGUCUCCAAACGAUCCUCAGACAGUUGAGGAAGAGGAGUCUCUGAUUUCAUCAGGGCAGGGUUCAGAACAAGUUGUGUUAGAACAAGCCCAAAGUCAAAAGACAAGAAGGAGAAAGUGUCAACAUGAAGCUAAUAAACAAGACGACAAAAACCUUACAGAAAAUGCCACUGUUCUGUCAGGCUCUUCUGAAGCAGAGAUACUCGAGAGUAAAUGUCAACCGGAGGCAAAUGAAAGUGUAUGCAAUAAGGAACAGAACAUAGAUGACACAAUUGUGGAUUUAGUCUCCAGUGAAAAGUCGGAGGAGAGAAUUGAUCCUGACAGUCUGGCGUGUGAUCAACAAGGUACCCCACCGGUAGCAACUGAAUUGGAAUCAAGUGCUUCAGAUUUUCCUGUGUCAGAAGCUGGGAUUGCUGCAUCGUGUGAAGUAAGCAGCACUGAGAGUAAUUGUACAGAAGAGAGUCCUGUUGAUGUGAAGAGCAAACAGCUAGAAUCUGAUAAAACAGAAAAUAAUAAACCAACAUUGAGAAGCCGACUCCUGAGGCCUAAGCCCAAUCUGUCAAGGGCAGUUGGGAAGAAAUUGGUUGCUUCACAAGGCAAAAUGGAUGGAGAGAGCAAGAACUCAUGUUCUGAAACUUCAGUCCAAAAGGAUCUCAUGGAAAAUGACAAAAUGAAUAUAUCUGACAGUUUUGCAGUGGAGAAUACAGAAAAAGAAAACCCAGAAGCUGAAUGUAUAUUGAAAUUGAGUGAAAAAAGUUGUCAGCAGGAAGACAGCCAGCCAAAGAUUUGCAGACCUGUGCGACUUAUGAAGACCCGGAUGCAAAGACCUAAGCCAAACGUAGAUAAAGCUAUAGAAAGAAGAGAAAUUCUCUCAUCUCAGGAAACAGUUGGGGGCAAUGAGAUACGUGAAAAGCAGUCCUGUGAUGAUAAAGAUAUUCCUCAACAAAUGGAGAAUCAGUCAUGCAGAGAUUUCUGUCAUGAGGACAUCAUUAUAGCACAGACUGAAAAACAGGAUAGCUCAUUUCAAAAUGUGCAGCCUGAUGAGCCCAAGGCUACAAGUGAAUGUCUAAGCAUUCCAGAAGAUAACAAAGCAAAUAAACUCAAACAAGGCCCACUUCUAAGGACUCGAUUUCAGAAGCCAAAACCAAAUAUAGGAAAAGGAACUGGAAGAAGAGGAGUUUCCUCAAAGGAAGAAGCUGCAGAGGAGAUCAUUGUUUCUGGGGAAAUGACAACACCUUUAAGAAAAAUGGUAACAGUGGACACUUCACCACAGGAGAACAUACCUAGUAUUAUGCCUGCCACCGCUGCUCCUGCUACUACAGAAUUGGAGUCAGACAUAAAAGAAACUGGAAAAAAUGACAGCUUUCCUACUAAGAUGACAGAAAUGACUGGUAUUUCUGUAGAAAUAGAGAUAGGUUUGAAGGAAACUGGCAGAGAGGGUUUCCCAGGGAAGAAGACACCAGAAGUGAUUGACAUCACUUUGGAAACAGAGAGAGGUUUGCAACCAUCUAGAAAUGUUUCCCCAGGCUUACAAGCAUCAGGAGUUGUUUCUCCAGGCUUGCCAGCAUCCGGAAAUGCUUCUCCUGGUAUACAAACAUCUGGAAAUGUUUCUCUAGGCUUGCCAGCAUCUGGAACUGUUUCCCCAGGCUUUCAAGCAUAUGGAAGUGUUUCUCCAGGCUUUCAGGCAUCUGGAAAUGUUUCCCCAGGCUUGCAAGUGUCUGGAAAUACUCCUCCAGGUUUGAAGACAUCUGGAAAUGCUUCUCCAAGGGAGAAGAUGCCAGAGUUGAUAGAGAAAAUUAACACAAAUUUGGAAGAAACUGGAAAAAGAGAGCUAUUUCCACAGGAAAAUGUUCGCAAAGAUGUCAUUUCUGUAAGUGAAGUGGAAACAGAUAUGCAAGAAAUUGGAAAAGAGAUGUCCACAAGAGAAAGGACCUCAGGUAUGAUUGGCAUCACUGAAGAAAAGGAGUCAGAUUUAGGAGAAACUGAAAAGAAAGAAAUAGCUACACAGCUAAAGUACCCAGAAGAGGUCAAAAUUGUAGAAAUGGAAACAGAGUUGAAAGAAAUUGGAGAAGAAACCUUCCCCCGAGAAAAGGCCCCAGUGGACAGCUCUGCUAUAGGGGAAAAGGAGAUUGAUUUGAAAGGAACAGGAGAAAGAGCCAUUUCUGUAAUGGAGGGGGUAUCCGGAAAAAUGACUGCUCUUGAGAAGACCAAGGGAGAUCUGAAAGAACCAGGAAGAGAGAUUUCUGUUUCCUGGGAGAGAAGAUCUGAGGAGAUCUGUGUUAGGGAGGAAAUUGUGACAGAUUUAGAAAAAACUGGAAAAGCAGGCAUUUCUCCAAGAGAACAUCAACCAGAGGAACAUGGUACUUCAGAGCAAACUGUGACCAGUGCAAUGGAAAGCUGUAGAGGUGCCUGCGGCCCAACACCUUCACCAGAUAGAAAAAACAUUAUCACUGAAGCAUCUGUAGAACCUCCAUCUGUAGAAGAAAAAGAAAGUGCUGACAAGCAUGCCUCAAGUGCUUUCAGUCAUGCGAACACUGCUUCACAGAAUUCUAGACUUCAUGACAUAGGAGAACAAGGGGUACAAUCUCCAGCUGCUCUAGAGCAAUUUUCAGAUGUAAACUUAAGCAAGUCUCUUCCUCAAGAACAGAAGCCUCUUGACGUUAAACCAGCACCUUUUGUGAGAAGUCGAUUCAAACGACCAAAACCUAACCUGGCAAGAGCAGUUUUAAAGAGAGAGACCACAGAAGUAGAAAAAUGUGUGCCUGAGAAGAAACCAGAAGCAAAUGAAAUGGAGACCACCAUGAUUCAGCAGGGCAGUGAACAAGCUAGUAGUCUUUCUUCUGAAAAUGAUGUGACUUCCCUAAUGACAUCAAAAGAAAAUGACAAAUUGGGUGACAAGGAAGAGGCUGUGAUAGUGCCUGGAAAAGACCCUUCAUCUUCAAAUUCCUACGAAUCUAAAGAGGAGUCUCUGUUAUUCCAAAACCAGGAAGAUGACUUAGUUGUUUCUGUUGGGACUCAAAAGACGAACAUAAUCUCAGAAGGAACAAAGGAAAGUGUUGUACAAACCGCUCUACCAAUUAGGGGCCGUCUUAAGAGACCAAGACCAAAUGUACAAAGGGCUAGACAGAGGAAAACAGCAGAAACGGGUGAAACUGAAGACAUAGAUAAGGAAGAGAGACCAACACUACAGAAAGAUGAAACUAAAGAUAAAUCCUUGACUGGGGGAUCAAACCCAGAACAAGUUCAAGGCUAUGAGUCAAAUUCUCAAAUUGAAGCUGAAAUUGAAGUUGUAUCCCCCAGAGUUUCAGAAUGCAGAGUGAAUGAAAAUCAAAGUCAAGUAGUUUCUGUAGAAAAUGUUCCUAUUAACAAAAGAAAUGCUUUAGAUGAAGAGAUGAGGCUUGAAAAUAAACCGUAUGUUCCUAGUCCAGCACCAUUGAUAAGGAGGCGUUUCCAAAAGGUUAAACCGAAUUUAGGAAGAGCAUCCCUGAAAAAAGUGCAACCAGGUAUAGAAAAAGACACUUCAGAUCAGAGUGAAGCACAAAAACCAGAAUGUGAUUUGGUACAGCAAGGAGGUUCUGAUGACCAAGUCCUGCUAAAAGAAAAAGCUGGGAUUCUGACGUCUGUGGAGAUUUCCACAGAAGAUUGUAUAGAUUCUAAUGAGUCUGGUUUGGCCAAAAAAGAUGCUCAAUUAAAAGCAGAGUCAUUAGGAAAUACUGGAGAAGGAACUCAAAGAGAUAAUUCUAUGUCUUCAGUUGAAGAACAGCAUCUCAAUACAGAAACCAGCCAUCCACAACUAUUAAAAGAAUCAUAUUACUCUAAAAUUGCCCCACAUCGAAGAACAGCUCUCUCUCCUGCCUCUGAGUGUGAGAUAGAUCAUAGUGGGAAGAGAAUGUAUAGGAAGACCAAACCAAAUGUGACCAAAGGGCGUGGAUCAAAACGAGUUCGAGGGAAGACUGCUAAGAAGGAACCUCGAGCUGCCAAGUCCAUGCUGGUGACUCUUCGUGCUUCCCAGAAAGAGGAUGAAGAUGAUGCUGAGGGUUUUGAAUCUGACUAUGAAGAUGAGACCUGUCACCUUGCCCCGGAAGAAUUAAGCAAAGCACCAGUGUUUGUACCUAUUGGUCUCAGAUCCCCUGCACCUGUUUCUGCCCAGAUCGAGGAAACAAUGGAAGAGCUUGAGAUAACCGUAAAUGUUGCAGACGAAGGAUGUGUAACUGUGGUGGAACAUGAGUUUUCAAACACAGAUGUGACUCAAGACCUGAAGCAAGAAAACAAUUUGCAAACAUUAUCAUUUGAAAUGAUCGCAGGUGAACAGAUCCAAGAUGAGCCAGGUCCCAGUGACGGGAGUACUGAAGCUGCCAUAACUUUACUUACAAUGGGAGAGAUAGUUCUGCAAUCAGAGCUCAGUACUGAACAACAGUGUGAUGUAGGACUAUGUGUAUUUCCUGAUACUCGUUCAGAGGAUCAAAGUCAUAUUCCUUUGAGAACAGAUAAUGUAAAUCACAAAAUUGCUCAUGAAUAUCAAGAGCUUUCUUUGCCUGCCAUUAGUGUAUCCCCUACAUCAUUUGAUGAAAACAAGAUUAUACUGAAGGAAGAAAAUACUAGACAAGAAACUGGUAUAAUGGAAGAAACAAAGGAGAAUAACACACCAAUCAGGUAUGCAGCUUCUACAGCGAAUACUAAUUUGAGAAUGGAGAGUGAGAUUGUUAAACCUAACCCUAAUUCUGAGAAGAUUUUAGGGCACAUUGGGUUCAGUGCUCAUCAGGAAGUUCCUAAUGUUUGUAUAGCCAAGGGGACGGAAGUGGAAAUUCAAAGAGAAACUGAGAAAAAUGACUCCAAAGCAGUAGAAAUGGAAGAUAAAAAUCUUGGGCUGACAGCAGAGAGCAAGGAGUUGAACCACUGGACAUGUGUACAUGAUAUCAAAGGGACCAGUAUUUCACAAGAAGCAAACCUAAUGGAAAGAAAUGAAGAUCAAGAGGAGAAAUUGCAAGAGGUUCAGAUAUUGUCGGUUACUCCACUUGAUUCCCCUGAGACAAGGUUCCACAUGCUUGGUUCGGGAAAUGUUGGGGACAGUUCUGUUGAAGAGGCCCUGAAAAAAAACUCAAAUGAUGACAGUGAGCUCAUGCUUCAUGUGCCAGAGGGUAUACCAGCUACUAUUCCAGAAGUCCAACAAGAGAAUGUGAUCAAUCCUCAAGACCAAACAGUGAAUCUGUUUGCUGAUCUACAUCAAGAUGAAGAGGACGAGCAAGCAUUCAUUUUAACUCUGGUGGAGAUCCCAGCCAGUGCAGCAGGAGGGUUUACUGACGCUACUGUGCAGUCAGUGCCAAGUCCUCUGCUGCCAGCGCCCAUAUUGGUCAAAUCUAGGAAUAAAGGAGAAAGAGAUGACCUGAGUGUGAGUUUACCAUCAACUUCACUCGUUCAAGAUGUGAUGUAUUUAUCUAAUUCUAAUUCUGGAGGAGAGGAUUCUGAAAAUUCCCAUGCUAAUUUGGAUUUUACAUCUAGGAAGAGAUUUCCUUGCAGGCUUGAUGAAAGUGAUCUUGUUCCUCCUGCCAAAAAAUCCUCACUCAUGUCAAGAGUUGGUUAUCAGGAAUUUGCCUCUGAGGUGUCUUCAACAGAAGUAAAUGUUUUUGAAGAACCAGGGGAUCCUCAGAAGGAUCAAGUCAUUUUCCCUGUCUCAGGAAGCACAACCCCAAAAUCCCAAAAAGAGAAAAUUGAAUCAACUUUACCAAAUAUAGAAGCUGAACCUCUUGAUGAAGAAAAAGAUCCUUGUUCAGAAAAGAAUAUGACUCGGGAAGAGACAACUGCAUCUGGUAAAGAAGAAAGAGCUCAUCCUGCUUCUCAUUCAGAACAAAUGGAUGGCAGAGCGUCAUCUUCAGAACCUCCUCCUCUAUCCAGGCCUGGCAGAAGACCACUAGGAUUUUUAUCUCUAAUAUGUCCAAAGAAUAGUUUGGACUCAGAUGAAGCUACUCAUGUCCGUAGUAAGAAGCGCUUGAAACCACUCAUUCCUGUAUCAAGAAGAAAUUUGAAAAAAUUGAAUUUGCAUAAUGAAAGCCCGAAAAAAAGUCAAGAAUCUUCUGAUUCACUUCCAUCAACAAGUGUUGCUACUGAUAUUCAGUCUAAGAAUACUGGCAGCUCAACUCAGAUUUCUUCUGAGCAGCCCUUAUUAAAUGGAAACCAUAAAAAUGAGCGGAAACGGACAUCUCAAGAAGAGCCAACCACCAUCUCUGAGUCUUUCUUUGGGGACAUCUUCAUUAAAGUGGAUGAAAAUGAAUAAAGCUGUCUUUAGGCUUUAAAUCCUUUUUUUUUUUUUUUUUUUUUUUGUAAUAACUCUGGGAUUUCUAGAGUCAGUUACAUUAACAAUGCAGUAUUCAUAAAAAAUGAAAAUCACUGCCCAUUGUUCUCGAGGUCAAGUUUGAAUGUGUACUGAGCUUGGUUUGAAGCUUUUAUAAUCAGUGGCAAGCAUUGCUGAAGUUCCUUCCAUCCUGAUUGAGUCAGCAGUUUGGAAAUGCCAAGCGAUGAAGACCACUUCCUGAGAUGGAGCUGGCAACUCUGUUUACUUUUGCCUCUUCCCGCGCUGAGCACACAUGGACACGUGGAGCUGCUGCCGAUAGAUGUCUGUAUAAAUCAUAGUGCCCACAUAUUUGGAGCUUCAUUGUAUUUAACAUUUAGUGAACUUCUUUUGUAAAGGUGGAUUUUUUGUUGUUUUUCUUUUUGAGGGAUGAUGAAGGCCUUUUAGUUGCCUCUAAGUAUAUUAAAGCAAAUUGUGAAACUCCAUUUUGGUAUGGUAAAGUUAAAACUUUUUCUAUUAUCAGCUAUUUGACUGAAAAAUAUGUAUUUUUCUAAUUCAUGAUGAUGUAACAUUAGUCAUAAUUGAGGAGCUAGUAUUUAAACUUGCUAUUUAUAAAGAUGGCACAUAAUAGAGAUUAUUUAUUUUUAAAUUUUUUUAUUUAAAAUAUAUCCAUUUUUAAUUAUUUUCAUCCCUCAGAUGUGGGUAAAGAAAGCACUAACAAAUUUAUUAACAUAAUUAAUAAGUUUGUUAGAUUUCUUCUUUUCAUCUUUAAUUUUAAAGAUGUUUAACAUAAAUGUUUGGGUAGUAUAUAUGUCUUGAGUACUUUUUCUCAUACUUUAGCAUAUUGAAUUUGUACUGUGAAUUUUUUUCUUCUAUAAUCUCAGGAUUUUUAAUUGGAAGAAAAAAAUUCAACUUCUCCUAUGAGACAAAUUGCUGUAUGAAAUUGAAUCUCCCUUAUAUACAUGCACAUACAUUCCUUUUAAAAUAUUAGUGAUAGAUUUUCCUCCCCAUUAAAUUCUGUUCAAGGAACAUGGAGGCUUUUUGACACAGGACAUAAUUUUGAUGUUAAAACAGAAAAAUGAGGCUUUGUAAAGUCUGAUUAUCAUUAUGAACUUAAGUCUUUUAAUUUUAAGAUUUGAUUAUUUAUAUAAAAUGUCUCUUAUUUCCCUUCGCAGAUCUUUUCUGAUUCAACAGAAGCUACUUAAACAGCAUGUUCAUUCCAGUUUCAUUAGAAAAACCUCAUAGGCUUAGGAGUUGGCAUUUUUUUCUCCCAAAUAUUUUGGGAUUAUAGGCCAAGUUGCAGCUGUUCAACCCUGCUGGUUCAUGUGAAAGCAGCCAGUUGGGGCUUGAAUGAGGGAGUGUGGCUGGUUGUGCUUUUAAUUUGAUCCCUACAUUGAACUAUAUGUGUUACUUUUUCUUUUUGAGAAAGGGUUUCAUGUAUCCCAAGCUGUCCUUGUACUCUAUGUAGUUGACGAUGACCUUGAACUUUGAUCCUCCUGUCUCUCUCUUCUGAAUGCUGAGAUCUUAGGUAUGUCCCACAACAGCCAGUCUAUGCAGUGCUGGCUGUCAAACCCAUGGCUCUUGCAUGCUAAGCAAGCUUUGUACCAACUGCAUCCCCAGCCCUGGACCAGUUGCUUUCCUACUUGAAGGUGCUGAUGUCUAUAUGUAUGAGUUAUUUGUCACUGAAAAUGUGCCUAAAAUUUAAAGAGCUGUGUUGAAUUAUGAAAUAAUCAGUAUUUCACCUGAAAACAUAUUUUUUAAGUCCAGGUAAUUUUGAUUUUCUAAAAAGACGAUGGCCAAUUUAAGUUCUUAAGCAAAAGAGGAUUGCUUCAGCAGGUGUUACAAUGACAUUAAUUCAUCGAAACUUGCUGUUAGAGCAUUUUUCAUUCAUUGGCUUACAGUGAAACUUAUGGGCUUUGGGGAGAUUUUAAGGGGGGGUCAUGAAGGGGUCUGCAAAUUAGAUGGAAAUUUACAUGAAAUACAUUUCAUGUUAUUGCUGUACAAAUCAUGUUGGUAAAACACAUUGCUAUUUUAAUGCUGUUUUUGUAAAUUUAAAAGAUAUGUCUUGAAAUGAUUUUUUUUUCCUUAAUGUUAGUUGGGGUAUAAGAUUGCCAUGACCUAGCUAUUAUUUAUCCCUGUAUAAUAUUUAUUUUUUUAAACCUCUGUCUCUUCUCAAUAAUAAGCCAAUUUUAUGGAACUUGUCGUUUGCUGUAUAAAGAAUAGAGGGACAUUCAUUAUGUAAACAGAAUCAAGUCAGCUAAUAGACGUCUUACUAUUACAUUCUUAAGACAAUGCUGAAAAACGAAACUUAAUCAGUGUACUUAACAAGUGGAAAGGUCUAUGUUGUCUGAUUUAUGUAAAGACAUUCUUUUGUAAAUCUUAAAGGAGCUGUGAUGGAAGAUCAUAAUCUUUUCCUCCUGAACACUUCCAUCUUAGCAAGUGGCUAAUAUGAUGGUUUUAAAAGUUUAGUAGUUGAUAAAGGAUUUAGGCACAGAUACAAAUAUAUCUACCACUUACUACCAUAUUAUUUUAAAUACAAGUGACCAUGUAUACUAUCUUGCUUGAAGUUUUUGACUAAAGAAGCAAUAUUUGUCAUUUGUAAAUUUUCUUGUUCUAAAGAAAGCAAUUAUGUUCUAUAGAUAAAUUUAUGUAAAUAAAAGUUAUUUUAUACCAUU